CUAUGCGGAUAAAAUAGAAACCAACCAUACCCGACUACCAACUCCACUCUCUACUUGCCAAUUUUAUGAAGUUUACACCCGUGUACUUUGCUUCUGUGGCGUAGUCUGAAAACAGUACAUUUUUUAUAAAAAUAAGCCCAAAUUUCUUUAUAUCAAAGUAAUUUUGCUGUAGUAUUUUUUCUGUCUACUUGUGCAAUCUGCAAAGUUUGCAGAUUAUUGUUUAUUCGACAGCAUUUUUAGUCCCAGUAAAUCGUUAGGAAUGGUAAUGGAGGCUCCCCCAUCACCCCAAAGUGUAGGAAGAGAAUUCGUGAGGCAGUACUACACAUUGCUGAACAAGGCACCCACCCAUCUUCACAGAUUCUACAAUCAUCAAUCUUCAUUCAUUCAUGGAGGAUUAGAUCCUCCAAAUCGCGAGAGCAGCCCUGUCAUCGGCCAAAAACAAAUUCACCAGAAAAUUCAACAACUUAACUUUCGAGAUUGUCAUGCUAAGAUUACUCAGGUUGAUUCUCAGGCUACACUUGGUAAUGGCGUAGUAGUUCAAGUGACUGGAGAACUGUCCAAUGCUGGCCAACCGAUGCGUCGUUUCACUCAGACGUUUGUCUUGGCAGCACAAUCCCCUAAGAAGUUUUAUGUCCAUAAUGACAUAUUCCGCUACCAGGACGAAAUUAUCUCUGACGAAGAAUGCGAUGAUGGUGUCCAUUCUGAACCCGAUGAGGAAGUUUCGACUGGACAACCAAUUGUGGAACAUCAAGCUGCUAUCAAUCAACCAGCAAUUGCUCCUUACUACAAUCCUAAUGCCGCGCAAUUACCAGCUGCUAUUCCUGCUGUACCAAUCCAUCAUAAUCAACAGCCACCACCGCCUCAUGUAAUCAAUCCUCCAGUACCACCGACUGUCAAUGGAUCUAUUCAUCCUGAAGAAAUGAACGUCAUGCAAGGACCCGUUCCUUCCAUGGUUACUGUUCCUCAAACUCAACCAAUUGCUACUCAACUUCCAGCAAUGCAACAGGGUAUUGUGCAAGCUCCAAUUAUCCAACAACCUCCCAUUGAGGAGCCUCAGCCACCCAUGGAGGAAUUGGUCGAAGAACCAUUGGAUAAUAGUUACUCUGAACCACAGGAAAAUGAACAGGAACAGGACGUUAAUGUUACUGAAUCUGCUUCCAACGAACCAAAAACUUACGCGAACCUUCUGAAAUCUGGUUCUAAUUCGCCGUACGUUUCACCGCCAUCUCAAACUGCAACUGCUCAAGGAUCGCAAUCCAUGGUUCGUCCUGCUUCGCCGCAAGCUAACAUAGGGUACCAGGGUACUGGUUCCCGCACUACUAAUGCAAACAGCGUCAAUAAUCGCAACAAUGCAACUAGCGGCAACCAGAGACCGAAUCAGCCGCCUCAAAGGAUGUCUAAUAGACAAGAUUCAGGAAGAGGAAAUACUGUUGGAGGUAGGAGUGGAAACGAUGACGCCAAUUUUGAUGAUAGAAGACGAUCUCAAAGUCAAAAUUUCAAUGAUGUCAACCAACUGUUUUUGGGCAAUUUACCACAUACUGCAACAGAAGAAGAACUUCGUGAGAUAUUUAGUGAAUUUGGUGCGAUUUUGGAUUUGAGAGUUCACAGUAAACCAUCUAAAGUAGGUGGUGCGCCUGGUGCUAGAGCGCCACCAAAUUAUGGUUUCAUUACUUACGAAACUCAACAAGGCGUUGAAAAUUGCUUAAAGGCAAAGCCCAUCUAUUAUUCAAAGGAGGACAAAAACUCCAUAAUUUUGAACGUUGAGGAGAAGAAAACUAAGGAUCGUACUUCUUAUGGAGGCGGCCGCCCGAUGGAUAACAGGGACCAGAGGAGCGGUCGUGGGGACAACAGUGGUCAGAGACGCGGCAUGGGAGGUCCGGGAGGACCGAACAGAAACAGCAACAGCGGGGUAGGUGGCCCACAAGGUCCUAAUAACAGGACCAAUACCUACAACAACAGAAAUUCAGGGGGCGGACCUCCAAAUCGAGGACAAAACACCUACAACCGUCGCUAACCGCAUUUGUUUCAGUGUCUGUGACGGAGUGACAGAUAUUGCGCAUGCGCCUACGUUGUCGCCGCGAGUUGCUCUAGUUUGUGUGUAAGAAAAAAAGUUUACGGGCGUGUACAGUGAGAAUUAUAUUAAAAAAAAAAUCGGAGCCGUUACUUGAAACGUUAGUGCCAAUUGUGAACAAUUUGCUGAAAAAUAUAUUUACUUCAAUCAGUUUUAUCUGCGCCUUGUUAACCAUUCUAAAAGCCAUUCUUCCUUUUUCUCUCUCUCUCUCUCUCGGUAGUUAUUUAUAAUUAUUUUUCUUUUCUCAGAUUGUACUUAUUGGCUGUGUUUGUAUUAUAAUUUAAUGAGGAUUGGUAUCAAGAUACCAUUUUAGAAUGGUAUAAUAUGCCAGUUGUUAGUUCUGUCAUUUACAAUAAUUGGAAAUAUUGUGUACCUUCACAGAUUAGACUGAAAACUCUCGUUAUUUGAGUUAUGUCUUUGUAGAGCUGUUUAAUUUUUGGUAUUAAUCCUGUAUUACAUAAUACAAGUGUGAUAGAGAAAUUAUGAACUAUACCAUUUUGGAGAGACCUGGGCUUUAAUCAGUACAAACUGACAAGUGGACGUGUUUUUAUUUAAUUAUUUUCAAAAAUUAUGUACAAAUAGAUUUUCAUUCAAUACUAUUUAGUUGAAAUAUGUAGAUUUUUUAAACAUCUGCAAUGAAGUAUCUUCUCACGGAAAAUUAUUUUCAACAUAAAAUACAUAUUUCAAUAAAUCCCUUGAUCAUUGGAAAACACUCUGGAUUUAUAAUUUCAUCAGUUUACAAUAAUAAUUUUCAUUUACACCCAGUCAAUACAAUUCUUGACAGGGUUCGGCUAUUUUGCCAAGUCUUCCUAUUUUUUUAAUCGCUGACUUCCAUCUUGUUUUAUUGUUCCCAACAUUCCAAUAUUAUGUUUUAAUAAUCACCAAAACAUGCAAAGGGAACAAACAUACUAGGUCCACCAAUAGGCUUAACACUUUAUUAAAUUGCCAUAGCUUUGGGAAAUUUCCCUAACUAACCAUAGAUUUAAUGUAAAAAUACAAUAUAGGAAAGUUUUUUUUAUCAAACAUUCUCAAUAAGUUGUAGCAUUUGACUAGUAUUUCUCGACUAAUUUAAAUUUAAGGAUUGAAUUAAAUUCUAAUACUGGCAAAAUGUCAACACAUUACUCUGUACCUGUACAUUAACUCAGUAUUUAUCAACUGCCUAAAGUUCAAAGACCUCUCAUGUUGAUACAUUAUUGCUGACUGGAACUCACCAGUACAUUAGCUUAACAUUUCUAAAUUUUUUUUUAAUCAGUACAUUAACUCAUCGUUUUUCAACUGCAUUUAGUGAUCCCCAAUAAUGAUGCACCAUUUCUGACUGAAACUCACCAAUACAUUAGCUUUGUGCUUUUCAAUCUGAUUUAGUUGAAAGGCUGAUAAAAACACAUUGUUUUGAACCGGUACUUGCUGAUACAUUAGCUCAGACUGGAAUAACUUGAUUUAGUUGAAGGAAUGAUAAAAACACAUUGUUUUGAACCAGUAUAUUAGCUCAUCGUUUUCCAACUGCAUUUAGUUCAAGGACCCCUAAUGUUGAUACAUAUUUCUGACUGAAACUGACCAGUACAUUAGCUUAAUGUUUUUCAACCUGAUUUAGUUGAAGGGGUGAAAAAAACAUUGUUUUGAACCAGUACAUUAAACUCAUCGCUUUUCAACUGCAUUUAACUCAAAUACCUCUUAUGUGAACAUUAUUGUCGACCAAGACCUAAUGGUAGGUCAUCUUAAAGUUUCUUAACGCGAUUGAGUUGAAAAACCCAUAAAAAGUGUUGAACACAUUAUUUUGAACCAAUACUUGCCAGUACAUUAGCUCAUUGUUGUCAACAGAAUCAAAUUCGAGGACUGGAUAAAUUUUCCAAUGGAUUAUUGUGGAUUGCUACUACUAGAAGAAACAUUUUUAACAGGGGUUUACUUCCCAGAAUCGACAUUCUAAAUGUAAGACUACUAGAAUGAAAAUAAAAUAACUAAAACUUACUGAAUUUUUUUCUAAAAAUCAAUGAGACCACAUCUUGUCUGUCUUGCUAACUAAAGUAUUAAUUUUAGGCAUUAUCCUAGUAUCAACAUGCAAAGUAGAUCAAAAUAAGAUGAUAUGUAUGUUUAAUCUUGAUGGUAUCAUAACCAAAAAUAUAGUUUUACAUAAAUAGGUUGGGGAUAAAAAAAUGAAAUAUUUCAAUGACUUUGUUUUAAGAUUCAGAUUUUUUUUUUCUUCAUCCAGAACUACGGAAUUUUUUUACUUCAGAUCCUUUAUACAAUAUUGGUCGAGUUUUCAUUUUGUCGGCAGCUGAUAGUCAUAAAGCUACACAGCAUUCCUCUAUCAAACAAAAUUAGUAAUUCAUCAUUCAUUCAUUAAUAAUAAAAUUUUUGGAAUCAGUUGACUGUUGCUGUAGUGAAACUAGUUGCAGGUGAAUUUAUAGAUUAUGGACAAAUAGAUGGAUUUUUCAUGAAUGGACAAAUAUUUCUUAUUUGUUAAUUACAUUAUUUCUAACACCUGGUUUGACACAGUGAGGCACAGAUAUUUUUUUACUAGUGAUUAUUUGGAAGUAAACAUAUUUUGACAGCUCAUUGGCCCACAGGUCAUUACUUUGUAUUUACAUACCUGUUAUUUUAUAUACAGCAAGUAGUAUUUAUGUACAACUAUUGAUAAAAUGACUAAUGGAAACUAAUUAUGUGCUUUUUUUACAUGUUGAAAUUUGUUUUCGAGUACGAGUAUUUCAUUUUACCUGGAUUUUGGAAUAGUCUUUCUACUUUUUCUGAAAUAUUAUUCAAGGCGCAAGUUAGUUUCUUUUUUUCUUUAAAUCUGUACAGAAAAAGCAACUGCAAUUUUACAUAUGAGGCAGUAUUUUGAUAAGAUUCUCCAAAUAUUCUAGUUGUUCUAUGGUGAACCAAAAAACAUGUUAAUUUAGAAAGAUUUAGGUACCUCUUAAAAUGUAAUAUUUUUCUAAUCAAUGGCUUAAAAUUUUUUUACGAAUUUUUUCAAGAUAAAUUUUUCUGUGCAUGGAGCAAUCUGUUAAUAACAGCAAUUGUCUUUCAAGCUUAAUUUAGAACAAGACAAGUAUGCAAAAUCAAGUUUGUGUUAGUUUCUUGAACUAUUUUAAUUUAGUCACUGAGUAUACUAGCCACUGUUUUUUUUUCCAAAAAUUAUUUUUUAUGAAAUGUUACUUUGUGGAAUUUAAUGUAAUGAUACACUUUGAUCCAUUCUCUAAUAAAUUUAGAGAAUAAUUCGCUACUUUCGAUUUGUGUUGUUUAGUAUUAGUAUUUAUGACAUUUGUUAACAGUUGCUUUGUCUGAAAAUUGUUUUUUUUAAGAGGAUUUUCAACAGAAAUGUAAUUCAUCAUACUGAUCAAGUUAACCUGGACACAAUAUAGUAAUUAAAGCGUGUGUAAUGCGAAAAGGUUAUUGUUGCAAUCAAAUGGGUUUUGUACAGAUACUACAAAUAGUUAAAUAAAAAUUGGCGUCGCUUCUGAAAAUUCCAUGUAUUUGCAGCAUUUACUGUGUUUUUAGAUUAUCGUGCCUUAUUUCGAGAAGGUACAUUUGAUAACAUUUUUCUUUAAAAAUAAUUCCAUAUAACUUGAAAAUAUGCAUAAAUAUAGUGGGAAUCAUUUAAAUUGGAGGCAACUUUUUUUAUUGGAUUAGACUAAUUUCAUAGUAGGCAAAAUACUUUUUGACAUAAAAUGAUUUUAUAACCUCCAAAAAGUUGAUGUUAGAGAAUAUUGCAGAAAAUCCAGUCAUACACCACCCCUGAAAUCGUCUAUACUUUUAAUUUUGAUAAAAAUUUAGUAAUAACAAAAAACAUGCAUUUUAUCUACUUUCAGACAGAUCUUGCAUUACGUUAACGUACAGGUUGUAGUAAUGCUGACCUAACACUAUAUCCGGUCAUGGUGAUUUAGAAAAACGGGACUAAAUAAAUAAUAUCCACUAUGACAUAAGUAACUUCAAAUACCUAGCUGAUAGCAAGUGUCAAAGUUGGAUUGAGAAUUUGUUUCAGCAAUAUUCAUAGUGUGGGAGACCACCUGUAUAGUAAUUCUUCCUUUUACAUAAAGUCAACAAUUUACUCAUAAUUUGAAUCUAGCGUCAAUUUCAAUUUUCGUGUAAAGUUGCUUCCAUUUUAUUUAAACCACACUGUAUUGUAGAUAAUAAUUCAAUUAUAUACCCUUUAAUUCGCAUUAUCAAAAACUAGUUUCAUUUUCUAUCAUUUCAAGGGUUUAAUUAAAAACUGUAAAAUUAAAUAUUGAAAAAUAAAAAAUGUAGUAAAAUAGUGAGAAAUACAAUUUUUUACGAGA